AUGCUAGAGCCAUCAGAGGCCUCGCUGGAGGAAAAACAUCCUCUCACCUCUCCCCGCUCAGGGGCUACGACCCCCACCUCAGAUUCGGGCGAGGAUGAAGCCCCCUUAACGAAAGGAAACUAUAGGAGGCUCCUGGUUGACCUCUGGAGGGUCUGGAAAGAAGACCUCCAGGUGACCCAGGCAGAGAUUGUUGCUGUCCACAAAAAG